CAGGAAACAUAUUUUCCUUCUUUACCUUGGCGAAUUAAUCUGCCUUAUUAAGGGCUCUCAGGAAGGAGGAGGAGCGACAUGAUGGCGCAAUUUCAGCAGUCAAUCACCGCUGGGACGGCGGUUGCGACGACGCAGUCUCAGGAUCUGAUGGAAUCGAAUGGCGAAGUUUCUUCGCAGGCUCCUCCGAAGCAGGUGGCUCUGGCCAUGGAGCGGCUGGCUUCCGCCGCCCGAAUCAUAGCCGACAUUCGGCUUGGUGCCGACCGCUUGCUGGAGGCGCUGUUAUUAUCGGCCGACGAUCCUCAGCAGUCGAUUGACAGGGUCGCCCAGCUUCUCCGCAAGGAGGACACCUCGAUGCGCCAGCACUUCAACGAUCUCCGCGGACUCGGAAACCAACUGGAAGCUUCUGGGGUAUUGAAUGGGUCUACCAAGCUACGAGGUAAUUCUUGGGGAUUGCACAUGCCCCUUGUUUGCCCGGAUGGUGCAGUUGUUGCAUAUGCAUGGAAACGACAACUUGCAGGACAGGCUGGUGCAUCUGCUGUUGAUAGGACUAGAUUAGCUCUCAAGGCAUUCACUGAUCAGAAAAAGCGAUUUUUCCCUCACCUAGAAGAUGAAGUAUCAGGAGAUGGAGAGCCUGAAAAUGCCAAAAAAUGGUUAGACUCCCAAGGUUCUGUCAGGACUCGAAAAGCUGACCAUAAGGAGAAGAUGUCAUUAUUUGACGUUCUCAAAGAUUUGGAGUGUGAGUUCCCAAAUAUAAGAAUCUUCACUUAUCAGCGUCUAGAUUGGUCAAAAAGAGCUUCUUCAUUGUCCUCUAUUGUAAGUGAAAAUUCAGACUCAUUUAAGAAUCAGAGUUUGAAUCACUCAAGCUACACAAGCGCUGGGGUAUCUAAUGUUGCCGCAGUAGAUCAAGCAGCUGUGAUUGAGUUGCUGGUUCCUUUUAUCUUCAGAGCUGUGGUGUCAUUGCAUCCGGCAGGCUCCAUAACCCCUGAUGCCCUGGCAUUUUUUUCUACUGAUGAGGGUGGCAACUACAUGCAUUCAAGGGGUGUAUCAGUACAUCAUGUGUUUAGACAUGUCACAGAGAAUGCUGAUAGAGCAUUGCAGUACUUUCUCAGUGUGGAAAGUAAUCAUUCACUCACUGUACUUCUGGCGGUGAGCUAGGGGCGUGGCUCUGCGGUUGACCAAAUGAAGAUUUCAUGUUGUCCUGCAUUAGUGCCGGGCCAGGGAAGGGGUCCUCGGCGUUGGCCCUUCGACGUUGAAGUCAGGGAUCAGUUUGUGAGGAAGAAAUAAUGAAGACGAACAACAGCAAAUGAGUGUGUAAAAUUAUAGACCAUCACAUACCUUCACUAGUGAAUGGAAACCUCCUUUUAUAGGGUCUUGUAUUUACGCAUGCAUCUCAAAACAUUUGCACACUUCCCAAGUGUUUCUAAGAAAGGACAUGUCAUAAAGUGUUUCUGAUACCUUUCCUUAAAUGAGCGUGCAAAUCUUUGUGAUUUUACAUGCUAGAAGCUUCUAAAGUACGAUUUGCCUGCAAUAUAUUUUCUAUCCUUUAUGGCACAAACUUCCAAAAUAGUAAGAUAUAGCGAGAACAUGGGACCAGCAUUAGGUCGACCAGUCGUCACUCAGGGAGAUCGGCGACUCGACCCUAUGGGUCAUUGUCGAUGACCCAGUCUUCACUCGGCCCCUUCCUUGACUGUAAAGGAAUAGAGUGUCCGAUCAGCUUACAUCCCCGAUCGGUUGAAGCCGUCGGUCGGGUUACUCAAUGAUCCGCAAUGAAGCUGGCCUGCCUGACCCGAGUUGAGAUGCAAAGUCCAGUUGGACAUUCACAUCCAAUCGGCUACUUGGCCAGCUCGGGCACACCGCUUCAAUUACUCCUUAACUUUGGCCUCCACGUCAGCCGGUCUUCCCUAUUUUGACCCAUUUUUUGGGGAUCCACCUUUUUUGCCGCAUCAAUUACUGUAUAAAUUGUUAAUCUCUUUUAUCAUUUUGUUGAUUAUUUUUUGAUUCAUCAUAUAUAUGAUAUGUUUUUUUUCAAUUGCUUUGGUUUUAAUAGUUGGUGAACCAUAUUAGUUCUCCUUCUACAUUUUUGAAAAUAAUCUUUUUAGAAAAAAAUAUUCUCUUCUCAUUUUAUUUAUUCUUAGAUUUUCAUUAAUUCAAAAAUAACUUAAAUUAAUCAUUUUCUUCUCAAUGCAAAGCUAAUUGAAUAUUAAGGUUAUAUCAAUCUCAAAUGCAUUGGGUAGUUUCACUAGGUUGAUUUGUUGUUAUACUUAAUGGGUAAAGGCUCCCAUUAAGGCUUCUUUCAUAUUUAGCAUUAUAUUUCUUGCAGCGUUGGAUCUGCAGCCAUCAAACAUUAUUU